AUGCCCGACGUCGUCGACACUACAGGCCGGGCGGCUGCUCGCUCCAAGGCGGUAGCCGCCCUUAAGCCUACCAUUGAUGUCAUUAUCGAUCGCCACUACAACUCCAAAGUCUACACCUCGGGUUCCGUCAUUGCUGGCCGCGCCAUUGUCAAGGCGGUUCGCGACACUGCCUUUGACCACUUUGACAUUGUCUUCACCGGCAUCGCUGCCACCCGUCUCGACUUUGUACAGCAAUACCCAUCCCACUCCUUCAGGCCUUUCCUGAAGAUGCGCAUGCCCAUUUCCGAGGACGACAUGCCCGAGGAUCGUGUCUUCAAGGCCGGCCGCACUUACACCCUUCCCUUCCACUUUGUCAUCCCCCACCAGCUCCCCAUUGGCGCAUGCAAGCACCAGUGUGAAGAUGGCCCGGUCCUCGACCACCACCUGCGCCUGCCCCCGACCAUUGGCUUCUGGAGCGCCGACGACCAGGCCCCCGAGAUGGCCCAGAUCGAGUACGCUGUCAAAGCCCGUGCCGUCAAGCAGGCGCAGGGCGACGUGCCAGCUUCCAAGGUCAUGGAGGGUCAGCACGUCGUCAAGGUGCUGCCCGCCAGCCCCGAGGAUGCGCCCCUCGACAUCACCUUCCGCGACGAGCGCUAUACCAUGGCCAAGACUAAGACGAUUCGCAAGAACCUCUUUUCUGCCAAGACAGGCAAGCUGACGGUCGCCUCGAUGCAGCCCGAGGCUGUCAUGUUCUCCGCCGAUGGCCGCGACGCAUCCCUGUCCACGGCUCACAUCAACCUCGAGUUCGUCCCCGACUCGGUCGAUACCGCCCCGCCCAAGAUCAACUCCGUCUCGGCGAAGCUGCUGUCCACGACCUUUUUCGGUGCCGCCCCGGUCAACUACCUGCCCAACCUGGGCCCGCGCACCGCCUACCACAGCAACCCGUGCCUCAAUUACACCACGACUAACAAUCUCUUCAACAACCCAGUGGACAAGAUCUCGUGGCUGCAGGAAAAGGUGGAUGCAGGCCGUCGCGACUCGGGCUACUCGAGCUCACAUUUGUCGCCAGACAGCGACGCCAUGGGCAAGAGCGGCAACAAGAAGACAGCCUCGCCCAUCAAGCACGUCGCCAGCCUUGAUGUCCCUUUUACCGUCACCAACAACAAUCGCAAGAUCUUCUUGCCCACCUUUCACUCGUGCCUCAUUUCGCGCACCUAUGUACUUCAGCUGUGCCUCAGCGUCGGUCCUACCAACACCACCUUGACGCUGUCGGUUCCCGUCCAGGUCGGCGUCGAGACGGCACACGACGAUCCCCAGGGCGGCGAGCUACCCAGCUUCGAGAGCGUCAUGGCGCGCGACCAGGAGGCCGAGGCCGACAGCUACCUCCGCCCGCGCAUCCGCCGCGCGGCCUCGGAGGACGCGCCCCAGACCAACUCCCUUUUGCCUGGCUACAACGAGCUGAGCCGUAGAUCGGCCAUGCCAGUUGCGCCAGUCGCCUAA